GAGGGCUAAAGCGCACCCUGGGGGCAGCGCCGCAUCUGGCAGGGAUUUAGGGGUGCACAUCCAGUGCCCGCCGCAAUCAACAAUGGCAAAUGAACCGGUGAUUUUGAAUGUGUAUGAUAUGUAUUGGAUAAAUGAAUACACCUCUACCUUGGGGAUUGGAGUCUUUCACUCUGGCAUCGAGAUCUAUGGCAGAGAAUUUGCCUAUGGAGGGCAUCCUUACCCUUUCAGUGGGAUUUUCGAGAUCACACCCGGCAGUGCGGUAGAGCUUGGCGAGACCUUUAAGUUCAAAGAGUCCGUUGCCUUGGGCACCACAGACUUCACAGAAGAGGAUGUGGAUAAGAUUAUGGAGGAGCUGGGCAAGGAGUACAAGGGCAACGCGUACCAUCUCAUGCACAAGAACUGCAAUCACUUCUCCACCGCCCUGGCAGAGAUCCUGUGUGGGAAGGAGAUCCCCCGGUGGGUGAACCGCCUUGCCUACUUCAGCUCGUGCAUCCCUUUCCUCCAAAGUUGCCUCCCCAAGGAGUGGCUGACCCCAGCAGCCUUGCAGAGUCACAUCAGCCUCGGCCUUCACAAAGAGGAGCAGGGAGACACAACGGAUGAGGAGUCCCCAUCCACUUCUGCAGCUGCCUCAGCCUCAGGCACCUCGAGAACCUGUAGACAUACCCGGGUCUGAGCUGUGCCCACUAUGCUCUCUCCCUUCUCUUGCUCUCUGGGUUUCUUCUGUUCCUUUCUUGUUUCCUCUUUCUCCUUCUUUCCUUCACCCAUGAACAUUGGGGAAAAUCCCCUUAACCGAGAUGAGCUCUUGAUCCCUUCUUGAAGGGUUGUCAUUACUGUGGCUUGGCAAAAUGACUCUGAACUACAGCAUUGUGCUGACAAGUGUGGUGGCUAACCUGGACACUCCUUCCAAAGCCCGCUAUGCUCCUUGAGCUGCAGAGAACUACUGACUUUCUGGGCAUGAGAGCAUGGGACUGGAGGGAACCAUACUGUGAAGUUCCUUGGCUGGAACUAUUUUUAUUCUUUUAUCUCCCCCUCUCUUUCCUGCCCAUAACUCUCCUCUCCAGUUCUGCCCAGACAGCCCCUCCCCCACACCAGACCUCCUGGACCUACCAAAUGAAGGAAGCAGAGCCUCAGCUUGACUUUUUCAUCUCUAAGACCAGCAACAAGCUCCUGAUGCCCCUCCUUUUUGUAACUGCCGGGUUUGUAAAUCAUUUGAAGGACAAGUGAGAGGUGCUGCUAUUCUACAACCACCAGUUUUCUGUGUUAGGAUUCAAGAGAUCAGAGGACUGUCCUCCUCCCAACAACAAUACCAAAAUUACCUAGAAAACAAACGUGUAAUGGUGGUUUUUAUUUGGUUCCAACAGUGAGCGGGGCUAAUGCUCGCAGGGGGGGGGAGGGGGUAGCUAUUAAAUAGAUGCAAGGGUGGCCUUUGGUUGGUUGGUUGGUUCUCUUAGGCAAAGACAUUUUGGUUUCCCUACUCAAAUCACCAGUUUCACAUCCCUGGUUUGCUGUUUCCCUUCCUUUUCACUGAAGUAGCAAAUUUGUCUUCUGGCUGGCUAGCCUGCUGCCUCUCGCAACAUAUGUUCUGGAGUGAGAGGGUAUUCCUUAGUCAGAUUGCUAUUUCCUUCAGUCUUUCCUCACAGUAACACAGGACCCAACAUAUAGUUCCCUUAGCAGCCACCUACCCAGUUGCCAUUUAAAGCCAACCCAGUAUGGCAAAAACUACCUAGACAGAGAAUAAACCUGAAGAAUUUACACUUGUUCCCCUGUCUCAGAGGCUGUCUUGGGAUGGAGUGAGCAGCUUGGGAUCCCAUCAGGAAGCACUGAGGAUGCUGCACUGUGGCAUCUUUUGUUACAUAACAUUCUCUUAUUUCAGUAUAGAAAAGGGGCAAGGGCGGGUGCCCCAUAACUGGUUUAUAGAUGUAUUAUGCCCACAAUGAUGGUUUCUAUGAGGGGAAAGGGAAACAGAGAAGGAAGUAAUGGCACCAAUUCCAGUAUUCUAUCACCUCACCAGAAACUAUGUUCAGCAGCUAGUGGAGUGUGGAAAAGAAAAAUCUAGGUCCCUUUCCCCCCAUCAACCACACAGAAGAGAAAGACAAAAGAGCCUGAGGAUGUGGGUAUUAUGUAUUAACUUAGGACCUGAAAGGAAGGGCUAUGCUCCAGCUGAAGGCAGGAGGAGGUAUAGAUGCCCAGCACCUCUGAAAAUCAAGCCACUAGUGUGGAUGAGUGGGUCUCCUGCUGGUGGUCAGCUAGAGUGGAAACAACAGUCUGCUAAUUACAACUAGCUACGCAAACUAUUCCAUUAGCUCAAGUAUAUAGAGAUUGUGGGUUUGGUAUUGAAAGUCCUGAAUUUGAUUCCUCAUAGAUGUGCCUGGUAUCUGUAUGUACAUGGCCUCAGUUUGGUACUUGUGUGUAUCCACAUGCCCAGAGAGAUUAAGGAAUCAGAAGAGCCCUGUGAAAAGAUCGGACCUUCAUUCACGGACAACAGCUGCAUUCUUGGAUAGGUAGCAGAGUACAGGAGCUUUCCAGGGCCAGAAAUUCCAUCCUUACGUUAGGGUUUAAACUCAUCCCCUGUAAUGAUGCACAUUUGUACAAUGAAAUCUUCAUAACAGGCUUCCAAUGUUUCAUAAGCCUCGUAUCCCUGCCCAGAACCAAAGUCAAACUCCGUUAAACUUAGCCACCUCCAGUCAGCGCCCACAACUUGAAUUGCAUUGUCAGUUAUUCCUUCCACCUUUCUCAGCAUAGCUAUCUCUAUGUAAUUGCGUGGAGCCAACAUCACAUUCUCUGGUACCCUGGUUUGUUCUGUGAUGAUUUACUAGGAUCAGCACCCUAUUCUCCAUUAUUCUGACAUUGCCAGAGCUGCUGCUACCCUGCCACAAUACAGCACCGCACUCUCAAUUGCUGUUCGGUGACUCCUGCCUAAGCCAGCCAUGAAAUCUCCAUUUUUCUGAAGUUCCCAGAAUUUCAGCCAAAAAUCAGCCUUGUGACUGCAGGUAUGUGCAGGAACUGAGUGGAGACAUCCCAGAGCUUUCAUUUAGAGAGAGAAUAUUGCAGUCAGAUUUAGAGCAAAUAGUCCUGGAUUGACAGUCAGCCAUUCAUCACCCCAACUUGCCAUCUUGCAUCUGAUCUCAUCUGAAGCACCACAUUUGAAGUCCCAUGUGGACUCAGGGCUCCAGUGGUGUACCUUUCCUUUAGGGAAAUAUUUUCUCUAAAUAUUUUUCUGAACAGAUGCAACUAGUUUAAUUUUAAUCCAAGCAAGUUGCAUUCCUCCUCUAUUUAAGUCCAUGGGGAGAGGAGACAUGCUUGAGGCUGCAGGACACUUAUUUGGUGAAAGCUGUUAGCUCUAUAAAAAGUUGGGAUUUGGGGGGGGGCGGGGUUUGCAGUGUGGGCAAGGAGCAGUAAGAAAAUCAAACCACCAUUGUGGCAAAUUCAUAGCUCAGAAUGCUUUAUAGACCUCAAGACUGCUAUUUAUCAUCCCACCCUGUCCAAGCUAAUUGAUCAACAGUGACCAGCAUAAAGAAAAAGACACUGUGGAAAUAAAAAGGAUAUUAACAAUAUAGUUACCUGUGUAAUUAACAGCAUUUUAACUUAUUAAAAUGAAGUUUUUAAAAUCUUAUUUAUUGGUCCCUAUCAGUGCAGUUUGUUUAUUUUGGGCACUUUGCCUUCCCCUUAGAGAGUGAAAUUAGACUGGUUGAUUUCACAUUCUGGUUCUAGUUACUUUUACUUCCUUUUUUCCCUCUGUAGUUCUCAGUGCUGUUAUUUGGGCUCCUAACACUGCUGGGGAAGUUUAAAAUACCAGCAUUUCUCACCAAAAAUAUAUAUAUAUGUUUGUGUACAUUUGGAAAAUAUUUGUAUUCAUAAUGUU